CACCUCUAUAUGCUUCAGCCAACUUCUGCCCAUGAACCGAAAUGAUUACAUAUAGCGAACGUUAGCAUGUGACAGCAGAUGUCUACAAACACAGUGGAAGAAGAGGAGGAAGGUCCGAGCUGGAAUAGCUUCUGCGUUAGGGGAUCUUUUCAGGACAAUCUAUCCCGGCAUGUGAUCCAUCGCAAGUCAACCAAAUUCUAACAGCGGUACGGACUCGUGCAUACGAUAAAAUUCUCUAUUUCUCAAGACAAUGUCAGAGCCACCGCAAGACAAACAGGCGUCUGACGUCGGAGGAAGCAGACCCAAAGGUCCACCGGAAAAAGGUCCGUCUAGUGGCCCGAUGCAAAGUCCGCCAGCGAAGUCCCCGUCACAAAACGAGUUUGGAGUAAGCAGACCCAAGGGUCCAUCGGAAAAAGGUCCGUCUAGUGGCUCGAUGCAAAGUCUGCCAGCGAAGUCCCCGUCACAAAACGAAUUUGGAGUAAGCAGACCCAAGGGUCCUUCAGAAAAGGGUCCGUCUAGUGGCCCAACGCAAAGUCCGUCUGCGAGGUCCCCAUCACAACGCGAGCCUGCAGAAAGCAUACCCAAGGGUCCACCAGAAAAAGUUCCGUCUAGUGGUACAAUGCAAAGUCCGCGGGCGAAGUCCCCAUCACAAAACGAAUUUGGAGGAAGCAGACUCAAAGGUCCACCAGAAAAGGGUCCGUCUAGUGGCCCAACGCAAAGUCCGUCUGCGAAGUCCCCAUCACAACGCGAGCCUGCAGAAAGCAUACCCAAGGGUCCACCAGAAAAAGUUCCGUCUAGUGGUACAAUGCAAAGUCCGCGGGCGAAGUCCCCAUCACAAAACGAAUUUGGAGGAAGCAGACUCAAAGGUCCACCAGAAAAGGGUCCGUCUAGUGGCAAAACGCAAGGUCCACCAGCGAGGUCCCCGUUAAAAAGCGAGUCUACAGAAAGCAGGCUCAAGGGUCCACCAGAAAAAGGUUCGUCUAGUGGCCCGGUGCAAAGUCCACAAGCGAAGUUCCCAUCACAAAACGGGUCUGGAGUAAGCAGACCCAAGGGUACACCAGAAAAGGGUCCGUCUAGUGGCCCGACGCAAGGUCCACCAGCGAAGUCCCCAUCACAAAACGAAUUUGAAGGAAGCAGACUCAAGGGUCCACCAGAAAAAGGUUCGUCUAGUGGCACGAUACAAAGUCCGCAAGCGAAGUCCCCAUCACAAAACGAGUCUGAAGUAAGUAGUCCUAAGGGUCCACCAGAAAAGAGUCCGUCUAAUGGCCUGAUGCAAAGUCCGCCAGCGAAGUCCGCAUUACAAAACGAGCGCGGAGGCCCGUCUCCACUGCGCAGUACCCCGCAGGGCACGAAGUCUCCAGUCGAAGAAAUGUUAGAGGAUUUGUUAGAGACGUCAUGCACUGCUGCGUUGGAAGAACUGAAGAUAGCCAGUCCUGGGAUAGCGACACCUACGCGUGCCCUGACGGUCAGCGGGGCUCUCGGUGAGGCCCGCCAGAAAGGACUGCAAUGUCCGACGCAGAUCAAGGAAGUGGCGUCUCCCACAUAUCUGGUUGAGAAGAAAAUCAAAGCGAAGCUCAUCGAGGAAUUAAGUGAUCUGACGUCGAUCGAGGAGGCUCACCCUGUCCAGGAUGAAGUCCAAGUUGAAGACGUUGAUCUGUUGGUGUAUGGGAUGCGAACGCGCAAGAGGGCAAAGCAAAAUACUUUCUACCUGCUGGAGAAGCGCAAGCUUGAAGAACAGACGAGCGGAUUAACCACGACAAAGGAAGAGCCCACGAAGCGCUAUCCUCCAUCCAGCGAAGAAGUCCUCGACGACAUCGGUUUCACCUACGACGCUGCGUCCUUUGCGUCCCUCCAGAUAUCUGUUCCGGGCGACCACCGACCACUGUCCAAACGUGUGCGCAGGAGGUCCCGCAAAUCAAGACGAAGCCGAAGCCACAGGCAUUCUAGGAGUUCCUCCACUGAAUCCCUCGAAGAGUACGUGUUUGAGACACUCAGGAAGAACAUACUCCGAAACCCCUUGUGCGAUUGCGUCGGCUUACCCAGGCCUGCCGGAAUUCAGCGGUCGAUCUUUCACCCCGACCAUUCUUUGGUCGGAGAAGUCGAGGAAGAAGAAGAAGACGUGUCAGUCCUGUGCUACAUGCUCAACGAUCUUGUUCAGUAUUUGGAGGCCAGUAAAGUAGCGGAAAGGAAAGACGCCGAGACCCAACACGAAGAGAUCCCGCUAAUACAAAUUUCGAGCAGCAGUACUACGGAGUUUGAUGAUCCCAUCUAUCAGCACAAGAGCACGUGCUGGCACGCCAUGCUGCCUCCCGUUCGGAUGGUGUCCGAGUGCAUCCAGACGGACGAAUGGAUGGAUGAGAAGUCAUCGUCCUCUUUCGCGGAGUUCGCGACAACCAAGAACAGCACUGCUCGAACGGUGGUCGACGACGCUGGACCUUUGGAAGGAUCUUCUGUGGAAGAACUCACCCAGAUCUUUUCGGGUUAUAGGAAGCAGGAAGAGCUAUCCCGAGCGGAUGUCAAGGGAAUGGUAAAUGACAGAACAUUCAAGGGUGAAGUCUCGUCGGUCGACGGUGUACCGCUGGUGAUGCGAAUAGACUCAUGACCGUCACCACGAUUGUUCAGUCCCGGGACUUGAGUUCCGACAAUUCAGUCCCAGUUAGCUUUUGCACGGACUCUGCAAAAACAAUUUUACAUGAGACUUUCGCAACUCUGGUUUGUAUGCUGUCAAAUUAUUCCUUAUCCUUCACAUGUACCACCGCCCUAGCUAUUUCUGCUUUAUCGAAUAGGAAAUGAAAGAUAUCUGACAGUUGUCUCCAAUAAUAAUUCAGUGACUGUAUCACGUG